UUAUAUUCAUCUGUCGCUCUCCCCACCUCUGAAAUCCGAGGAGUCCUCGUGGCUCUACGCUUAUGAAAACACUGCUACGAGAUGAAUUGUCCGUUGUUCCGUUAAGAUGGCGAAAUAUGUGUAGUUUAUUGAAAUGGAUUGCAGAAAUGUGACAACAGACUUUUUACCAAGUGAUAACAGUUGCAAAGUUGUGUUUUUACUGUGCAAUAACUAGUAUAACGGAGUGUUUUUGUAAGUCUUAAGAAGCUAGAACAAUGCGUGAAUUUAAAGUAGUUGUCCUCGGCUCGGGUGGGGUUGGGAAAAGUGCUUUAACUGUACAGUUCGUAUCCGGAUGUUUUAUGGAAAAAUAUGACCCCACGAUUGAAGAUUUUUAUCGGAAGGAAAUCGAGGUGGACAAUUCGCCUUGUGUUCUCGAGAUUUUGGAUACGGCGGGUACUGAACAGUUUGCAAGUAUGCGGGACCUUUACAUAAAGAAUGGACAAGGGUUUGUUGUUGUAUAUAGUUUGACAAAUCACCAAACCUUCCAGGAUAUCCGUCCUAUGAAGGAACUAAUUACGAGGGUCAAAGGCACUGAAAGAGUUCCUAUCCUUUUAGUUGCUAACAAAGUUGAUCUUGAACAUCAAAGAGAGGUGGACUUUGAAGAAGGAAAAUCCCUGUCCCAAGUGUGGGGCUGUCCAUUUAUUGAAGCCAGUGCAAAGAACAGGACCAAUGUCAAUGAAGUGUUUGCUGAGAUAGUACGAGAAAUGAAUUUCAGUCCAGAGAAAGAGAAGAAAAGUUAUUGCUGUUGUACUGUACUGUAAGGCCUCAUUUUUAAUUUUUGUGGGAACAAAUGCUGAAUGUACACAACUCUCUUAGUGUUACUAGUGCUGACUCAAAUGUGUACUACAGUAAGCCCUGUGGACUGUAUUUUUUCGAUUUGUAUGUAAAUGCUCAUUUUUAGUACUCUAACAUGGCUAAGAUCUGCCUAAUAUAUUUUUAUACAUUGAAUAAACCUGUUAAUUAAAGAAAGUAGGUACACUAUAUUAUGUAUUUACUAGUUUUUUAAAACUGAGUCAUAUCUAUGAUAAAAUAAUGAUAGUGCCUCAAACAAAGAAUCAAUCAAUUUAUUAUCUGACUAGAACUGGUACUGAUUUCGGCCUAAACCCAGAAAUAUGUCAAGAGGCUUUGGUCUCCCUUGGAGACCUUACUUUAAAUUAGUACUCUUAAGCUUCAGACAAUGCCAUGCAAUUAAGACACUCUCCUAAUGAUUCCAAACUAAUACAUGUGAGCUCUUACUGUAUAUAUUAGAACAUUUUAUCCAAGAUCUGUGUUGUAUGUAUUAUACAAUUUUAGAUAAAGACAUUUUCAAUCAAAAUGUGAUGUGUGCUUGAGAAAUGUGUGAUUGGCAACUAAUACAUGGUUUAUUUAGUAAAUUUAAACUGUUGCUGAUAGGAUGUGUGUUCUGAGAGCCAAAAAGAUUUGUGAUAUCAAUGUAUUAAUUAUUAAAACAUAAGUGGA